AUGUCGAUUUUCACGAUUUUCCCCUACCCGAAAGAGGACGAGGAGAAGCUGACGAGGAAAGAAUGCCCACAUUGCUUGAAAAAACUUGACGAGAAGCCGGUCGAGCGUGUGCCGGAGAACCCGACGUUAAACGAGCGAAUAUGGGGAAGGUGGAGGGUAAAUCACUUGUCCUCGGGCGCGUCGCGUGUGACGAAUCACCUCUCGGCUCUCUUCGCGAAUCAUACAAACGCUCAGCCGAUCCUUUCGCAAGAAAUUGUUGUGGAUUGCGGAAUUCGGUCAGCUAUGUUCUGUGCCUGGAGAGCUGUUGGAGCGUUGAGUGAAGAAAGGCAAUUUGAAGAGAUUCUGAAAAACCAA